AUGGACUUGAAGCUGCUCGUUGAAUGCUUCCGUUUAGAGCAAAGAGUUGCUGUCGCUGGUGCGGACUUCAAGGAUGAGAUUGCGAACACCAUCCCUUUCCAGAACUUCAAGAGUCAUUCACAGGCGGGCUUAGAGAUUUUACGCAAGAAAGUUAGCGAUGAGAGUAACCUUGGCUACCUAAAAUCAUAA